GCCAACGGGACGCCCUGGAAGAAAGCGUAUCAGAGUUGGGCAUCAAAGGACGGAGGAAAAGUGCAGGUGGAGGGAUCAGGGCAGGUAGGGGACAUGGACUCACACCAAGAAGGAUGCACUGAACUGGGAAACAUCUGGUGAAGUACCCCUUUCAAUGCAACUAUGGCCUCAGCGUCGUCUGGCCCGGGCACCGCCGCUCUGGGCUCGCAGGUUCACGCCGCCGCUGUCAAUGGCGAUAGGAACGCACUGCUCAAACUCAUCACAGUAGAGCCAGUCCUACGGGACCGUGAGGACCAGUUUGGCCGUACCCCUCUCAUGUACUGCGUGCUGGCCGAUCGCCUGGACUGCGCAGAGAUUUUGCUAAAGGCCGGAGCUUCAGUCAACAAGACCGACCACAGCCAGCGCACGGCUCUGCACCUCGCCGCACAGAAGGGAAAUGUUCGUUUCCUCAAGCUGCUGCUGUCGCGACACGCCAACUGGCUGCAGAAAGAUUUGGAAGAGAUGACCCCGCUGCACCUCGCCACACGGCAUCCUUCCCCGAAAGCCCUCGCGUUGCUGCUCAAACACAUCGGACCCGGAGAAGUUGACACCCAGGACAAGAACAAGCAAACCGCCCUGCACUGGUCAGCGUUUUAUAACCGGCCGGAGCAUGUUCGCCUCCUCAUCAAGCACGACUCCAACAUCGGCAUCCCCGACAGCGAGGGCAAGAUCCCCCUGCACUGGGCCGCGCACAGCCAGGAGGCCAGCGCCACACAAACUGUCCGCUGUAUACUGGAAGCCGCUCCAACGGAGUCCCUGCUGAACUGGCAGGACUAUGAAGGUCGGACACCCUUGCACUUUGCCGUCGCAGACGGUAACGAGGCAGUGGUGGAGGUGCUGACGUCCUACGAGGGUUGCAACGUGACAGCCUAUGACAACCUCUUCAGGACACCGUUGCACUGGGCUGCCCUGCUCGGCCACGCCAGAAUCGUCCACCUGCUGCUGGAGAGGAACACGUCGGGCACCGUUCCCUCAGACAGCCAGGGAGCGACACCUCUGCAUUACGGAGCUCAAAGCAACAACGCAGAGACAGUAGGUGUGUUUCUUUCCCACCCAUCGGUGAAGGAUGAGCCCGACCUGGAGGGCAGGACGGCCUUCAUGUGGGCCGCCGGGAAGGGCAGCGAUGAUGUGAUCCGCACCAUGUUGGCCCUCACGCCUCAAAUUGACAUCACGAUGGCCGACAAGUAUGGCGGCACCGCGCUGCAUGCGGCCUCCCUGUCAGGCCACGUGAGCACCGUCAAGCUGCUGUUGGAGAAAGGAGCCUUGGUAGACACUCUGGAUGUGAUGAAACACACACCGCUGUUUCGUGCCUGCGAGAUGGGACACAGGGACGUCAUCCUCACGCUGAUCGAAGGCUCCGCACGGGUGGACCUGGUGGACGUGGACGGUCACACUGCUCUGCACUGGGCAGCGCUGGGAGGAAAUGCUGAGGUCUGCCAGAUCCUGAUGGAGAACGGCAUCAGCCCCAAUGUACAGGACCAAGCAGGACGAACUCCUCUGCAGUGUGCUGCUUAUGGCGGCUACAUCACCUGCAUGGCUGUUCUCAUGGCGAAACAGGCUGAUCCAAACAUACAGGACAAGGAGGGGAGGACCGCUCUCCACUGGUCGUGCAACAAUGGUUACCUGGAUGCCGUGAAGCUGCUGCUGGGCUACAGCGCCUUUCCUAACCACAUGGAGCACACAGAGGAGAGGUACACACCGCUGGACUACGCGCUGCUGGGAGGCCACAGCGAGGUGACCCAGUUCAUGCUGGAGCACGGCGCGCUGUCCAUCGCGGCCAUCCAGGACAUCGCUGCCGCCUCCAUCCAGGCCAUCUACAAGGGCUACACGGUCCGCAAGGCCUUCAGGGAGAGGAAGCAGCUCCUCAUGAGGCACGAGCAACUACGCAAGGACGCUGCCAAGAAGCGAGAGGAGGAACUGCGGCGGAGAGAAGCCGUGCAGCAAAUCUCAGCGGCCACGGCGGAGGACCGAAAAUUGUCUUUGGAGACAGCCGAGCAGGAGAAGCUCUACUUGGUGAACCUGGUAGCAGAUUUAUCUGUGAAGGACUCAGUGGUGGAGACAAAGAAACCAACUCAACCUGAACGGAGGAGCAAAGAAGCGAGGCACAAAGGCCACAGGAGCAGAUCCUCAAGGAGCAAAGCUGCUGAGCCGUCUGACAAUCCGACGAGCCCUGCAAGCCAUGUGAAGUGCGACACGACUACCGCGCUGAAGGACCCGCUCUCUCCGAGCAGCCGAGCAUCACCCAGAACUUCUUCCACACACAAAGUUCGUGAGCAAAGACCUUCCUCAUUUACAAGCACCCCUUCCACGGGCACCUCCGGCGCGGACCACACGGCCGCCGUACCGCUGAGAAAGACUGAUUCCCUGAAGCACAGACACCACAAUGCCAAAGAUCACGUUCGAGUCAGCGGCUCCUCUUUGAACUCGAGAAGCCCUUCGAGGAAGCAUCACGCCGCCGCCAACACGCCCACACGGGGACACGACAGAGAGCAGCGCAGGACUAGGCACGAGGCGGCCAGGGUCAUCCAGCGAGCGUGGCGAAGGCUCCUCGCACGCAGAAACAGGGAAGCCGCGGCUCGCCAGGCGCCGGAGUUCAGCUAUUUAAACCACGCCCAUACCAGGAAGAGGCGAACAGAGGUGCGACCUCCUCCUGCGAAACCUGCAACCAGUAAGACGUCAGUCCUACAAAACAUUUAUGGAAACUCUGUGGCCAUUCGAGGACAUUCUUCAUUUCGAGCGUCUCAGCUGCUCUUGAACAGCGUGCCUUUACGCACCCAAAGCCAACUGAGCGGUUUGGACUGCGUGCACCUGACUGAUGCCGUGAAUCAAGCCAGACAGUUCUCCUACCACCUGAGGCCGCAGAGCGCCCGGCAGGGUCGGGGCCAUCGAGGAAAGUGUUGACACCCAAGUCCUUUUUUCAAAAAUGUUUUCUCAGCUUCCGUGGAAUUACCGUACACGUUGUUCGCUUCUAAAAUUAAGCCGUAUGACAUCAGAGCCAUGACUUCACAGGGCGGGGGUUAAGUUGACUGAAGCAGCCCAUGUAAAAGAUAACCUUUCUUCCAUUGUGAGACAAAACGCACACCUCCCCUCCCUCUGCUUGGCUCUCACUCACACACUGAGAUAACCUUUCUUCGUGUUGUGGAGAAUGAGCCGGUCUAUCAACAGCAGCUCAUGAACUUAGCCCACCUGCACACACACGCACACAAUGUAAAAAGAUGUCUGUCCAUUCCAAUACACGCAUAAUGUAAAAAUCCAUCUGCUCGCCCAUACGAAGGGCAAUCAAAAUGUAAUGAGCCCAAUUUAAUUGAACCUACUAAAAUAGAUUCUUUUUUUUUUUUUUUAAAUCAGGAAUGUUCAUGGUUUGUAGUUUAAAUACUUGUUUGAAGGCAAGUUGUUUCAGCCUGCCCCCUUCCUGUCAGUCAUUUUGGAAAUGGCGUCACGACAAGAUGCCCGUCAGUAACAGAGAGCUGUCAUUUGGAAGGGGAACCACGACUAAACAUUUUCAAAAGGUUACAACAUGUGUAUAGGGACGCUGCAAUAGGCUAAAGCACAAUCAAAAAGUGGGUGUCCAGGAUCAAAGGUGAAAAACACACGUCUGCUUUGAGUGACCUCGGUGAGACGCAAAGGAGCUUGCGAAGUCAUCAGUUUGGACAACCAUCUCUCAUACUCACCCGAUCUGGCACCAUCAGACUAACACCUUGUUGCCCUUGUUUCAUCAAUGGACAGUCGAUAUGCCCACAACAGUAAAAAUGUUCCCAUCCAUUCUCAUAAACACACUGUAAAUAUGGCAGUCCAUGUACAUACAAACGUAAUAUAGACAACUGGCCGUCCAUUCACAUAAACACACAUAACAUCUGUCCGUUGACGUGGACAAAAGGUACAAAGAGAAAUGCUGUUAUGCAUUUCCUUCACACACACACACGCACAUAGAGACACUCACGUCGUGUAAAAAUCUGCCCGUCCAUAUUCAUACAUAAUUGAAACACACAUACACCCAUAAUGUAAAUAUCUCUUUGUCCAUUCUUACACACACAACCAAUAGGUGUCAGCUGUGCUGUUACAUAAAAUUGGCAUUUUCUCGCUCACACACACACACUACUCAUUAUGUAACAUUAUAAUUACACUUGUGUAAGCUUUUAUUUUUAUUGCAUAAUAAAUACAAGUCAAAAUGGACCCAAAAGGCUGUGGAAAUGUUUAAUUUUUUUUAUCAGUCCCCCUCCCCAACAUGAGGACAAAGAAAACAAACAUGGACCAACUUUCUUGUUAAAUGGCGAGUACAAAGCAGUCACUGCUGAGGUCUGGAAGUGUUUUUGAGUGUCAGAGUGAGCCCACGUCAGUUAAUCGUACGUGCGUGCGUCCAUCAGUACACGUCUCGAACAUUUCCACGGAGAGAUGACGUGCCGUGGGCCACGGUGACGCUGUAACAGUAGAGCAGGUCGGUCAGCCACUGCUCCCUGGUCGCGCUGCGCGAGUGCCUCUGCAACACACAUGCGGACGUAUCACACUUGUGCGUGAACAACACGGAAAUAGAGACAAAUUAAGACAAAUAAGCCUGGGUUCACUGUUGGGAGUAGUCAUUUAGAUUCCUGUUUUUCUUGAUAGAGAUUUUCACAACGCAAGUACAGUGUACUAAUGAUGUGCCUAUUUCAGAUGGUAAUCGGAUUACGAACAUGAUGAAUAAAGUAUCUGUCUAUCCAUCACGCUGACAUCUCCAGACAACUAUUCGUUUUUGAGUUUCUAGAAUCACUGCUCCACUUUUUUCAUUUAGUUAUUGGCAUUGCUGCGAAGGCCACAAAAAUAAUCACCUAUACAAUGUUUGUUAGUUUG